AUGUCCGACACCGAAGACGCCUCCGCGCCGCAGAGCGAGCCCCUCGACCUUGUGCGCCUCUGCCUCGAUGAGAUCGUCUUCGUGCGGCUGCGCGGCGAUCGCGAGCUCAAGGGUCGCUUGCAUGCAUACGAUUCGCAUUGCAACUUGGUCCUAGGCGACGUGCAAGAGACGAUCUACAUCGUCGAGGAUGAGGAGGAGGAUGAGGAGGGUACAGUGAGGACGGUCAACAAGCAGAGCGAGAUGCUGUUCGUCCGAGGUGAUUCAGUGGUCCUGAUAUCGCCCCAAGGCCAGCCGUGA